AUGGGUGGAGUAGGAAAGACUGCAUUGUUGGAAGAAAUAAGAAGAAAGGUUAAGGAAGCAGAAAUGUUUGAUCUAGUAAUAGAUGUGGUUGUGUCACAGAAUCCAAACAUAGCUCAGAUCCAACGCGACGUGGCUGAUGCGCUGGGCAUGAGUGAAUCGUCAAAUAAGAUGUUGGUCACUAGGUUGAAGCAGGAGAAGAAAGUUUUGAUAAUGUUGGAUGAUGUUUGGGCACAACUGGAACUAGUUAAGGAAGUUGGGAUUCCAUACCAAGAACACAAUGGUUGUAAAGUCAUACUUACCUCUCGCUCAGCUGAACUAUGCAAUCUAAUGGAAACUGAUGUCUCAGUGGAAGUUGCCACCUUGUCUGAAGAAGAUUCAUGGCAACUUUUCAGGAUGAGGGCAGGACAAGUUCUUGAGUCUGAUGACAUAGAAGUGGUUGCAAGAAAGGUAGCACAAGAAUGUUGUGGUUUGCCGCUGGCAAUUGUUGUAGUGGGAAGGGCAUUACGAUCUUACAAAGACUCAAGAUAUUGGGAAGAAGCCUUGUCCCAACUCAAGCAAUCUGUUCCUUCAAACAUUGGAAAUGUGGAGGAAAAAUUGUAUAAAUCACUAGAACUAAGUUAUCAAAAUCUGAAGAGUUCUGAACUAAAACAGCUGUUUCUCUACUGCUGUUUGUUCCACAAGGACUAUGAUAUCAGUGAGGAAGAAGUAACUCGAUACGCAGUGGGAGAGAAUUUAUUGAGUAAUAUCUCGACUUUAGAGGAGGCACGUGGCAGAGUGCAUUUUUUGCUCGAGACACUGAAACUUUCAUGUUUACUGCUUGAUAGUAAGAAACCCAGGUGUGUGAGGCUUCAUGGUGUGGUGCGAGAUGUUGCUGUGUACAUUGGCUCCAAGUACGACAACCAUUUCCUUGUUAAAGCUGGACUUCACCUGAGAUAUUGGCGAGAGCGUGAGAACUUUGCAGCUUGGGACAGAAUUUCACUUAUGAACAAUGACUUGCAAGAAAUUCCUGAAAAUCCAAAUUGCUCUAAACUAGUUCUGUUGUUGCUGAAUAUGAAUCCAAUUACCAGUUUGCCAACCAAUUUCUUUGAAAACAUGGUCACACUAAAUGUUCUUGAUUUAAGUGAUACAUACAUUACUUGUUUGCCUUUGUCGUCGGCAUGCUUAAAAAAACUAGGAACUCUCCGUUUGGACAGAUGUAAAUGGCUGAAUGAUAUAAAUGUGGUAGGGGAACUAAAGACACUCAUAAUACUUUCUUUGCGGGAAUGCAUACAGAUAAGUGCAUUACCGGAAAAUAUAGUUGCUCUAGUUAAGCUAAAGCUUUUGGAUUUGUCUUAUUGCACAUCACUGCCGAUACCCAGAAAUUUGAUACCAAAGUUAACUAGACUCGAAGAACUUUACUUUAGAGGCUGCAAUGUGACUGAAGCACUUUUCAUUGAGAAUUCAGAUGUAAUCAGCUUCUGCACUGGAGUUGUUCCUCCUGGAAGCUUGCAUAAGCUCACAACUUUGGAAACAUUGGACACAAUUCAUUCACGAUUACUACCAUCUGAUACUUUUAAGAAACUGAAGCAACUAAAGAUAAUGGGAUGCCCAUGCCUUAAACAUGUUUUCUUGCCGAGCAUUGCAAAUGAGUUUCAAAGCCUAGAAAAGCUGGAGAUGAAAAAUAACGGCUCCAUUGAGACUAUUAUCACUGACAAAGAAGUCUGUGAUUUGAAGAAGGGGGCUUUCCCCAUGCUCCAGCAACUGCUGCUCAUUAAAUUACCCAGGCUAGGUUGUUUCUUCAUAGGAGAACCAGCAAAAACCUUGGAUUGGCCAUCAUUGGAGUACAUCCACUUGAGUGACUGUUCGAACCUAGCAAGACUGCCCAUUGGACGUGAGAGCGCACAGAAGCUGAAGAAGUUGCAUGUUGCAAGCCUCAAUGAUGUUAUCUGGUUCAAAACAUUGAAAUGGAAAGACAAUACGACAAAGUCACGCUUUGACAUCAUGAAUGAAAGUGAUGUUCUUAAAGCUGUUCAGAACGUGCACGCAAUGAUAGACAAAGAGGUUGACAAUGGAGUAUUUUAUCUGACAGUUCUAUCAGUUUUUCCAGCCAUAAAGUUGUUAAAAGCUGAAUAUAUUAACCAUAGAGUGUAG